UUAAUGUCACACGAACUCAACCCCAAUGGAUCAACCAUUACUACCCCGAUCCACCCAUCUCAUCACCACCGACGCCAUCAUCCCUAUAAUCCCACCACCCUCCUCUUCAUCCUACGUAAACCUAGUCGCCAAUUUGAAAAACAAGAAGCCGAGACUCCCCCGUCGCUCGCAUUCGGCUCCUUCGCUUUUCACCGACGUCCGGGAAGCUUUCGGAGGCUCCCCGGAAGACGGAACACCUGCCUCAAAAUCGUCGGCUCCCUUCAUCGUCCGCCAGGCCUUCAUAUGGCUCAUCAUAUACAUACUAACCGGCAUUCUAAUGUUUUUAACCAGCGAGGGUUUCAAAGACACCGAAACCUUCAAGCCCGUAGAUGCCUUGUACUUCAUUGUGGUCACACUAUGCACGAUCGGGUAUGGAGAUAUCGUCCCCGACACAACUUUCACCAAGCUUUUCACCUGUUUCUUUAUACUAAUCGGCUUCGGGUUCAUCGAUAUAUUGCUCAACGGAUUGGUUACUUACAUCUGCGAUCGACAGGAAUCGGUUCUUUUGAGCACGGUGGAUGAGAAUCGAUUCAACACGAUGGUUCAAACCUACAUGAUCGAUAAAGCCAAAGGAAGAAUGAGGAUACGGAUGAAAGUGAGCGUGGCGUUGGGAGUGGUGAUUGGGUGCAUUGCCAUCGGCACGGUGGCCGCCCAUUUUAUGGAAAACUUGGAUUGGGUUAAUAGUUUAUAUCUGGCUGUUACGUCGGUGACGACAGUGGGUUACGGUGAUUGCGCCUUCGAGACGUUGACGGGCAGGUGUUUCGCUGUUGUAUGGUUGCUGGUGAGUACGUUGGCUGUUGCGAGGGCAUGUCUUUACUUGACGGAGCUGAGGAUUGAGAAGCGAAAUCGGAUAAUUUUGAAAUGGGUUCUUCAGAAGAAGAUGACGCUCGGAGAUUUGGUUGCUGCGGACCUCGACAACGAUGGAUCCAUCAGAUGUGUAUUUGUGGCAGUAAAUCUGAAUUUGUAAUAUACAAGCUCAAGGAGAUGGGGAAAAUUUCAGAGAAAGACAUUUUGCAGAUCUGCAACCAAUUUGAUGCACUAGACAGCAGCAAUUGUGGGAAAAUUACAGUUGCUGAUCUCAUGGAUAGUG